AUGGGGCUGAAAAUUCAAGUGCCUCUUCUUCCUUUACUCGAAAAGGGAAUUCUUCAAAAACAUCAACCUGAAGCAAAAUUUUCAUCUCCAACGCCAGUGAAAACAAAGGAGCCAUCACGGAUUAAGUGCAGAGAAGAAGUACCUGAACUUCCAGAGUGGUAUACAGCAUUAUCUGAGUUUUUUGAUCAUCUGAUUUGUUCACUGAGACGCUUUUCUCAGAAGACUGUUGCUGCAGAGAAAGAAAAGACUUGCCUACUUUCACUUAUUAAAUCUUCUUGUGUGGCUAAUCAAGAAACUGAAGGAACAAGAACGUUUCCCAACUCUUCUUCCAAAUCUGCAGCCACUAUCCAAGUGACUCAGACUUCACAUUGUCUUAGCUCUGCCACGUCUGGUAAUACUCCUAUGAAGCUGGCUUCCGCAGAAGGUGACAAUCUAGUUGUUGAAACAUCUGCACAAUCUACUCCAAUGAGAUCAGUUUCACCAAAUAGAUCAGUGCUUACCUGUGAAGAUGAGUGUAAGACUGCAACAAGCCAAAACUCCACAACUGGCAAUCUGACUCACUGA